GCAGAGCAGCAUUAUUCCUGAAACCAGCUCAGCUCAGCUCAGCAUGGAUCAGCUUGUAUUUGACAGUGAGAACCGCAGACUGAUUGGGGAACUGGAUAAGUCCUUCAGUCCACCCAGGCAGCCUUUGCUCCAGCCAGGUCGGGUUCUGUUAGGAAAGGGCAGCCUGAUGAAGCAGGGUCGAAAGAAGUGGGAUCUCAAAGCCUUCUUCCUCUUCAACGAUGUUCUGGUGUACGGCAGCAUCAUUAUGAAGGACCGCUGGUUCAAGAAGCAGAAGGUCAUCCGUCUAGAGGACAUCAAGAUGGAGGAUUUGGAGGACAGUGAGGACUUCAAGCACCAGUGGCUGAUUUGUUCUCCCACGAAGUCUUUUUUUGUGUCUGCCCUUUCGCUGGAGGAGAAGAAGGCCUGGAUGGAGCACAUUGAGGAGUGUCGCAGGAACCUGCUGCAGGGUGGAGGCUGCACGCCAAGCUCCCGAUAUGCUCCCACCUGGAUUCCUGACCAUGUCUCCCAAAGAUGCAUGCGCUGCUUCACAAUCUUCUCCCUCUCCAAGCGCAAACAUCACUGCAGAAGCUGUGGGUUUUUGGUUUGCAGCCAGUGCUCCAAGGCCCGCGCCGUCAUAGAUGCUCUUCACCCCAAAAAAGAGGUGAGGGUCUGCAAACUCUGCAACAAAAAAGGAGAGGAGGACAACCGUCGUCCGAGAGAAGACAGUGUUGGACAGCACAGCCUGAGAAGUGAGGACUCAUCAUCAUCAUCCAGUGAUGAAGAAAAAAUAUAAAACUUUUUUAGUGAAUCCUGCACUUUGGUGGGAGGAGCUUAGAAGAAAUGCGUGAAUUGCACAAAGAUUAAUGAUAAACAUUAAGAUGCAGGACUUUACUUACUGUGAUUACAUGUGUAUUACAUAACAUUAAUAAUGAAGCCUUUGGUUAUGUAAAAUGCCAUUACUGUAUUUCCUUCUCUAUGAAUCAACAUGAACGUAUUGGUGGGAGGAGCUAAGAAGAAAAAGCAUAAAAGAUCUUAAAGACAAAUAAUCAGAUGAUACAAAGCAUAUAAAAAUAGAAGGAAUGAUGUAAAUCCUUGAAAAGAAACAAAAUGAAAUUAUGUGUGUAUGUUUUUUUAUAUUCCAGUAUUUUUUCAUAUCUGGUGUAUUUUCUCAGAUUGUAUCACUUUCUACUUUGUUGUUUGAAUUAUUAUGUAAUUAUUCUGUCACUAAUCUUCUGCUUUUCAACCCAUUUUCAAAACAAAGUUUUAUCAGAUUAUAAUUUUUUCAUUUUUGUUUAAAAAUAAAAUAUGAAAUACUUUUUAUUCGUCAAAUAUAAAAAUGACUUCCUGAUUUUCCAAAUUGUUUGCUUUCCCCCCCCCAAACAACCAAGUUAUAAAACAAUAGAAUCGUUGAUUCUAUAGUCGAUUGGCAUUGGCACCGUCGCAGGAGUUGCCCUAGCGAGGCUGCAAGUAGCGUCAAACUGCUUUUGGGACUCCGACUCCGGAUUUUUCUCAAGGUUUACUCCUAAGCCUUUUCCAUUGGAAGAAUGUAGCCGCAAGGCAGUGGAGGUUUAAUAAUCAGGGUUUUCCUUCCCCUAGAUCAGAGGUGCCCAAAUCCAGGCCUCGAUGGUUGGUGUCCUACAUGUAUUCCAACCAACCUGCCAUUGAAGCUCCUUAUUGAUUAACUGCAGCAGAUCAUCUUGACCAUGUCUACAUGCUUAAAUGCAUUAAGUUGCUGCCAUUUGAUUGGCUGAUUAGAACUUUGCAUUAAUGAGCAGUUGGACAGGUGGUCCUAAUAAUGUUGCCAUUGAAUGUACAUUAUUCACAUCAAUUGAAACUCUGACUGACUAUGCAAGCCUCAAAAUGUAACUCUAAUGGUAAAAUGACUCAUACAUCCAUUGUUUGUAUACAGUGUUUCAGAUCAUAGUCUACUUUAUAUAAAAUACUGCAGACUUCAAACAACCAAAAAGGCAAAUAUGCCCUUAAAUACUGUACAUUGUAUCACUGUACAUAGCUGUACAAUUCAGAUUUUGCAAAAAAAAUAAGAAAAAGCAAACAAACAAAAAAAAAGAACAAUAGUGUAAACACUGAACAUCAUGACAAUUGUGCGGGUUUGGCUGUCUGCUUGGGUCGUUCCAUUGCCUGCAGAUGAGCCAUGUGGUUAGCGGUCAUAUUGAUGCCAUCUCCAAGCUGAAUAAAAUUCCUUUAUAGAGAUUCUUACAGUACUUUAGUGUACAUACUGCUUCAUUUACUGUACUGAAACAUCUCAACAUAAGUAAUCAUGGUAUGUUUUACAGAAGAAACCACUUUGGCUACAAAGGAGCAUCAGUACCCUACAGCACCCUGUCCAGAUGCAGUAAUUUAGUAACUGUGAAGUGGUCUAGAUGUGUGUAGACUCUCUGCUCAGAUAUCUCAAAUGCAGCCUAUAGUUUUUUGAUAUAGUCCACCAAAAUGACUCUAAUAUCAUCUGAAAUAGAGGUUCAUACAUGGCCUCUUCAAACAUGACCUUGUCCUCUUCUUCCUCAUCCUCUCCCUCUCCCAGAAUCAAUGCUUGCAACGUUUUUAUAAUGGCUUAACUAAGUUUUAUUUUUACUGGCUGAUUGGUGUUUGAUUUAGUAAGUAAAUGGUUUCCAGUGUGUGUUUGAGGUGUGUCAAUUACCUGCUGUGUUUUGGAUUUUGUAUGUGUGUUUUCCUUAUUGCACCAUGAGAUUGGGUGUCUUAUGUAUGAAAUAAAGUGUAGUAUGCAGGACCAACUGUUUCCCAUGAUGGAGUGUGCUGCAGAAUUCUCACUAGAGUGCAAAGCAGCAGUUCUAGGUUAAAGUUAAAGUCAAAGUCCCACUAUCUGUCACACACAUAGGUGUAUAAAAUUUGUUCUCCGCAUUGGACCCAUCCCCUGGGGGAGCAGUGAACUGCAGACACAGUUGUGCUCAGGAACCAUUUGGUGGAUUAAGGUGUGGUAACAAAAACUUUAGGUUGUGUUACAAAGUUUUUCUGUGCUCUACUUUCUCUUUGAAAAAAGUUUCCUCUGGCGUUUACCGUUUGCAGUUCUGCUCCAAGAAUUCUGGAUUUCUUGACUUGAAUCUCUUUGUGAUGUCUGCAUACUUGUGUCAGGACUGUCUUCAAGGUCAUUACUUGAACUGGUUUCUUGAAGUUUUUCAGUAAAUGAUGUAAAUGUGUUGCUCUGCAAGUUUUGAGCUCUGAUGCAUCUGAUUAGUUCCUUCUUUUUCAACAGAGUAAAGUGUGCCUGGGUUUUCUUUGCAGAUGCUUUGCAGGAAACUUUCUGCUUCUAGGAGUUAUAAAUAUUAAAGAAAAAGGUGGAAACUUCA